GAAGCUGACUGACCAUGGCCCUGUCAGCUCUGUGGCAGCGUUGUGUGAGCUGGAGCUCAGCCAUAGCCCAGCUCCUGCAGCCAUUCGUCUCUCGCGGAACCUCCUGCCCCACAGGAUCAGCCAACCUCGGCCAACAGCCUGGGCAGAAGCAGCAGCCCUUGCCAGCUCCCUCUGCCCCACCAGCAGGUAUGGCAGUCCCAUCUGCCUUGGUCCCUCGGCAUUCCCUGCCCCCCAGCCCCUCCAACCCCCAGGCCUGCCCUGGCUCCUCCAGCCCUGCUGGCACCUGCAGCAGCCACAGCACCCCUGUACCCCCGCCAGCUGGGGCACCUUGGCUCAGCACGGCACAGCGAGCAGACCUGGCAUUGCCUGGGCCACCUCUGUUCAAGCAAGAGUUUUUAGAGAUAUUUUCCCAGGAUCUUGGGGCCAUUUCUGCCAUUUUGCCGUCCCCUGUGCAACUCCAUGGCCGUGGCACGGCAGCUCACCCCGCAGGGAUGGUCCCUCACGCAAGCUGCCGCUCAGAGCAGGGGGAUGCCUGUGUUCGGGGCCGGCUCAGCGGGUGCCCUAGGGGACUUUCUCAGCCCCGAGCCCCCCCAUCUCCCUUCUCCCCUGUGCCAAUGGCUCCGAGCAGUGACUGUUCCAACCCCCACCCAUAUCUUCUGCUCCGCAGGGACACGGACUCAGUUGCCUCCACCAGCCCCCUUGGCAAGCAGCCAUGGCAUUGCUCCUCCAUCAGGCAAUGCCCGGGGCUGCAGGAAGCCCCUGGCCCCAGUCCCACCAGUGCAGGACACCCAACACGGCCCUACCAGCUCAGCCAACCCCUCAGGGACACCCCUGGGCCGUGGCAGCCCUCCAGACACCAGCGUCCCCAUGGAUUUGGACACCACCCCAGCUCUUGA